AUGGAAGAGCUGAUUUGUCCGUAAUGCCAUAAUAUAUUCAAUGAAUUCGAGAAUAUUCCCCUGAUGCUUCCUGAUUGUGGACACACGAUCUGCUAAAAGUGCAUUUAAUAGAUGUUGAUGAGUGCUGAUGGUUAGCAGAUAUGCUGUCCUGAGGAUAAUAUUCUUGCAAAGGGGAAGACACACAUAACUGAGUUUCCAAAGAAUUGUUAACUUUUAAAAAUGGUAGUGAAGUAGAGACCAUCAAUAGAGCAACCAGAAUAUUAGUUACAUUUGAAUAACUUGGCGUAUGAGAAGAUUGAAUUGUGCACAGAGCAUCUGGAGAAACUGGAGAUAGUAUGUUUGACAGAUAAGAUUCGAAUUUGUACUAAAUGUGCUUUAUUCGGUAAUCACAGACAUCACGAGGUUCGAUCGGUUGAUGAUGUUGUCAGAGAGAUAGCAUCGAAGGCUGAGAAUAUCAUGCAGAAUUAUUAGAGAAUCUUGGAUAAACAAUAAGAGUUAACAGAGUCUAAAUUUUAUGAGCCAUUGAGUGAAAAGUAUUCAAUAAUGUUGUAGGAGAGUCAGAUAACAGUUAGAGAGAAAUUCAAAGAAUUGCAUUAGUAGCUAGAUCUGAAGGAGAAUAAGUUGUUGGAGUAAUUGAAUGGAUUAACAUAAACAUUGGAGUAGUAAACCAAGAGGUAGAUCAAGGAGUCAAUCUAAUCAAUUUUGUAAUAAGCAGACUUAUGGAAGAUAGGAGCCAAGGAUAGGUUGCUGUAUUUUUCAACCAAGACUGAAAGUGGUGAAUUACCCUUGGAUUUACUAUACAAUCAGGAGUUCUAAGGAAAUGUCAUAUUAGAUGAAAUGGACAGAACUCUAAAGAUGUUGGAAUAGCGAAUCAAUAAUGUGAAGAUCAAGAAAAUUAGAGUGGAUUUUAAAAAACAUGAAAUAGAUAAAUGUUUUGAUUCUAUGUGUUCUCUAACAUUUCAAUUAAAUCACAAUGAAACAAAUCAAGUAGAGAAUAGUUUCAGUAAAUAUGAUCAAGAGGAGCCUCUGCUUUUAAGAGAUAACUCUGUUGCUGAUUGGAUAGACAAUGAUGACAAUUUGAUUUCUUAGGUUGUCCAUGUGGUAUCCAAUUCAAUGCAUGAGUUGAAAUACACAUCCUAAUCACAAUUGCAACAAGCCAAAAGUCCUGUGAGAACAGAACCUGCUAUUCAUAGUUUGUAGUCCAUCACUCCCUUGAAAUAAUUGAAGUAGAAGAGUCCCAAUAAGGAUAUCCACAAUAAUGCCUCCUUGUAACCUCCUCCUCCUGUUUCAUUAUUGAGAUAAGGGAUAUCUCCUACUCCCAAGUUACAGGAAAAGAGGAAGAAGACCUUUAAAAUUAAUGAUAAGUUUGAACCCAUCCUGCAGGCAUUUAGGAAUGACAAUCUGGAAAUCGUGGAUCUGUCUAAUGCUGAAUUGGGAGAUGAGGGUUGCAAUGUUGUUGCGGAACAAUUGAAAAAUUGUAAAAAAGUGAAAUAGUUGAAAUUAGCCAGGAAUAAGAUUAGUGAUGAGGGUGCCAAUAUUAUAUUGUAGGCUUUGACUUAGAAUCAGAAUAUUACAUCUUUGCAUCUAUCUUCCAAUAUGAUUUCAGAAAGGACACUUGAUACCAUUCUCAAUCUAGUCAAAACUGGACAACUACCCAAAAAUAUCUAUUUGUCCUAGACUUUGAUUAAUGCAACCAAAGCAAAAAAAAAGAUGGAAGAAUUAAAGAAAUUGGGAUAUGUAGUGAAUAUUUGA